AUGCUCGACGGAACCUCGGAUAUGGAAUGGAUGGUCGACCGGCUAAUGUGGCUCAUAAAAGAAGAAAUUCAGAGUUCAGCCUCGGAAUCUGAGCGUCUCCCGCCGCUUUCCAAGCUACGCUCUCUUUGGUUGCUAGAUGACCUCGAUGAGAAGUGCGAGCUUUUUAUUCAACUUUUCCUCGGCAUCCCCUCGCUGCGCGACUUACACUGCCGGAAGGUCGAUUUGGAGGACUGCUUAGUAGCGUGGCGCUGCCAAAACCUAUCGAGCGCCGAGACAGCCAUAUUUGUUCAAUGCUCUAUAUCGUCUGACGACCUAAACGACUUAUGCAACGCAUGCACAGCGCUGAAAGUGUUAGUGCUGGACGAGUCUUCUGUGUUUUCUGACAAGUUAGAACUCGAGACACUGCAUCAAUCACUACUUUUACAUCGCCACUCGCUCAAGCGAUUGGUCCUAGACCGUGGCCUUUCCGUUGGAGACUACGAUGACCCACAUCCACCGAUGGACCCUUUAAACUCAAUGCAGCACCUCAAGGAACUUUCCAUCACUACACAACUCCUCACGGGUAAUGACUCUGGAAACCAAGUGGAGCCGAACGCAUUGCUGGACUGGUUCCCCCACUCUCUUGAGGUGUUGACGAUCAAUUCGUACAUUGGUACUGACAUCACCUUCCAAGAGUUUCUUGGUUCUCUGGCACACGCAGGAAGGGCAAAGAUGCCGAGUCUGAGGCUCAUAGAGGUUUAUGAGUUAGAUUUUAUGGCAUUCUCUGGAAUGAGUGCAUUAAUGCGAAGAUCAAGAAGCAGCUUGAUCCACUAA